AUGGGGCAGCAGGAGGAAUUAGCGGCCGUGCUGAAGCCGCCGGCCGCCGUGGUCUUCUCGUGGGAGCCAGUCGCAGUCACCACCAAGCCGGCCGCCGCGGAAGCCCGCGGGGACACCAUCGUCAUGCCGCCCGGGAGCCAGACGAAGAAGGCGGCAGCGGCACCGCCGGCGCGCCUGCUCUCGGUGCCGCCGCCGCCAGGCCGGGCCGCGACGAGAAGACUGUCGUCGAGGGCCGGCGGCCGCGCCGUGCGGCCGGAGGACGACCCGUUCCUGGCCGCGUACCUGGCGUGCACCAAGAGCAGCAGAGGCGGCAGCAGGGACGCCGGUGCCGGUGCCGGUGGCACGCCGGGGGAGGGCAAGCAGGGCCGGAGCCGGUUCACGUGGGCGCGCCUCGGGCUCUCCUGCAAGAGCUCCGCCGGCGUCGUCGAGCGGAGCAUGGUGAAGGUGGCCAAACGGCCGGAGCUGGAUCCUAGAGAUGCCUGA